UGACAAGAAAAUUUUGAGACGAAGUUACACAAAAAACUCAUACAAAAAUCCUUUAAGGCUGAGGAACAAUAGAACAAAGCGAAAAACGUCGAAGUUUUUCAACUAGAUAAAUAUGAGAUAUCCAAAAUGAUAAAAAUAAGUUUUUAAAGUUUGUACUAUGUUUUCUUUUCUUUUGUCCAAUUCUUUGUCAUAAAACAAUCUGAUCUUUAUGUUCUAUACAAGAAUCAAUGGCUUCCAAAAUGUUAUUAGAGCAAAAUAUAAUACGGUAUCAGGGCAACAUAAACUCAUGUGAAGCUCUCUACAGUUAUGGAUAUCAACCAAAUGGAUUUUUCUGUCACGUUUGUAUUCCAUCUUUUGCUUUUACUUUUUUUUUUCUUGGCUUGCAUUAGAAUGUACGGUGGUUCUUCCCAUGAAUUACAAGUUUUCACUGAAGUCCAAUUUUGUUCAAACUUCGAAAUGCUUUUUGUUUAGCUUGAUUGUCACAAGAACAUUUUGUUUUGAUAUCCCAAUCGAAAUUGAAUUCGGAGACAGCAUCAUGAGAAUUUUUAGCAGAACAAUCAAUAAAGGAAUUGAAUUGAUUGUGGAAUUUGGAUGUGUUAUUGUGUUGGAAUGUGGCAAAGCCUAAAAUUAACUAAAAAGUGAUGUAUUCCUCAAAUAUAGCAAUAAUAACCACCACAACCACAAUUAUGUUUCUCUCUCUGUAUUUCUCUCCAACCUUUUUCUAAACAUAGUUUCCCUAAGAAAUAAACACAGAAAAAAAUAGUUGUUUGUCUUUACGUUCAUAACUUUUUUCCAGAGAUAAGAGAAACCGUGACAACAAAUCAUGAUUUGAUGAUAACCUAAAUUUCACUGAUCCAAAGAAAACAGAACAUACAUUUGAAGUAAGAUUUAAAGAAAAACAUGGUAAUGACAUCAGAAAUGAUGAUGCAAUAGGCAGAGGCGGGGAAAAAAGAAGAAGGUAGAAGACACAAAGGGCAUGGGAGACAGUCGUAGAGGAUCAUCCUCAACACCACAAUCACGCAAGAUCAUGGUGAUCGCUGACCCGACCCGUGAAUCUGCAGCUGCUCUUCAAUACGCUCUUUCACACGCCGUGCUCGAGCAAGACGAGCUAAUCCUCGUCCAUGUUGAAAACAAUGGUGCCUCGUGGAAAAACGCAUUUUCAAGUUUCUUGAGAUUACCAAGCUCCUCCUCCUCUAGCACAAGCGGGUCAUCACCGGGUGCUAAUGCCAAUGCUAAUAUUGCAAACACCGUUUCAUCUUUGGCCUCUGAGAUUGGUCAAGGGGAAGGGAAUUUCCUUGAACAGAUGAAACGAAUAUGUGAAAUUGCUCAGCCGAAGGUGCGUGUGCAGACUGAAUGUAUAACCAUGGACGGCAUCAAAGCUGCAGCUAUUCUUCUUCAUGGAGACAAACUUGGGGUUGAAGUUAUCAUCAUUGGCCAACGCAGGACAAUCUCAUCUUCCCUUCUAGGAUCUAUGCGGCCUGGAGGGUCUCUAAUAGGAUCAAAAGGAGUAGAUACAGCAGAAUAUCUAAUCGAGAACAGCAAAUGCACCUGUGUUGGCGUACAGAAGAAAGGUCAAAAUGGAGGCUAUGUUCUAAACACCAAGACCCAUAAGAACGUUUGGCUAUUGGCAUGAUCAUGAACAUUUUUCCUAGACAGUUUUAUUGCUUACAUAUACCUAAAGUACAAAAAAUAUAAGCUUACCAGCCAUCUUCACUUGUUUAUUCUUUAUCUUUAAAUUCUGGCAAUGACGUUUUGUCCGAUAUUUCUAAUCCACAUAUGUUUAUGAAGGUUGAUGUGGUAGUAGUUCUGUAAGUGUACCCACUAGUUGAUCUUUUUUAGACACAUGUGAAACUUUAAGUAAACUGUUCUGAAUGUAAUCACAUGUGGAGUGGAGUGAUCAUCAGGUGCAAUAAGUUUCGUCCGUGAAUGAAAAAUAGGAUUAGCACAUUGAUGUUACAGCAACACUGAUAAAAUACACAACGGGUGCUUGAGGUAUUAAAAUUAAAAAUUCCAUUAACAAAGAAAGUAUCCAGCUUGUAUUUGCUACUAAGAGAUAUUUUGCUUCCACUGACGACAUGUAUUUCAAUUUUCUUCUUUGAGGACCAUGAUAUACGUUAACUUGUGAUUGUUAUACACAUUCACUGAAACAUAAUUAUCAAAGUAUGUGUCACUGUUCCUGUUCCUGGAAUAUAUAUGAUUAAUUGAUUGUUUGCUUAAAAGUUAAAACUGAUAUGUUGUGGAUCGAUUCACGUAACAAAAAAUUUUAAAUUUCAAUUUGAAAGCUUAUUUACUGCAUACACAAUAUCUGGUCUUGAAAAGGACAAAUAUUGGAGACUUCCAACAUGUAUACUGUUUUUAAGAAUCAAACAAUGUCUUACCAGAUGUGCGGUCAGCUUGGGAGACAAGGCAUCGGUGUGUUUAUUUGUUUGGUAUUUUAUCUUAUUUGAAUAAUUAAGUUCACAAUGUAUUUUCUCUGCAUCAAUUGAAGUCAUUGUGAUGUCAUGGUCGCCAUUACUCCUAGGAAUUAAUGGGAAAACAAGUUGCAUAAUGUUCGACAGGUUCUGAAGCAGAGAUGAAGUAUUUGCAGUUAAUCAACAUAGACACAAGCUAGAGUACGUGUACCAUGACAGAGAACAAAAAAAUGAAGGUAUUUGGAACAAACCCAAUCUGUACAAGAAUAGAAGGCUUUGAAUAGGCUGGGUGUUAAAGAUAGAUUACAUCCCUCGACAAUGCCCAUCAGAUAAACCAAAUUUGGUCCAAUUAAUGAGGGCGAGUCAAAGGAAGUCAAGUCCGUUAGAGAGAAAAGAAAAGAAGCCCACUAUAAAUAAAAUAAAGCUAACUCAAAGAGACAUUCACAUUCACUUAAAAGUCGGCACAAGAAUUAGGCUUGUCAUAGUUUAACUUGUUCUUCCCAAGUUCAUAGCUUUUGAGGAUUUUAUCGUCUUUUUUUUAAAAAAAAAUUAAUCUCUUAAUAAAUUUCUUUUAAAUAAAUCACCAUCGAAUUUGUGCUUUCAUCUUGAAAAUACCGAAUUCAGCUUAAACAGUUGGUAAGGUCUGUGGGUAAAGAGGAAGCAACACCAAGAAAUAUCAAUGAUGACCGGCAAAUAUAGCACUCAAACCGGCGACACCAUCAUUUCACUAGAUGCGGAUCUCGCCACCAUGAUGGGUAUGAUGCAGAACCGUAUGGAACGCUUUGAGAGACAAGACACAUCAAACAAAGCAAUUAAUGAGCGAGUCGCUGCUGCCUAUACACAACCAUGUGCCGAUGAACAAGAUCCUGACACUACAAGGAGACAAUUUUUCAAAACAAACGUCAAUCCAACAGGUCAUAGAGCCGCAACAAAUCAAGUUGAUCAAGCAACAACUCAAAAGAUCAACGUUCUACUGAACUAGAUACAUGAUAUCAACGUUCUACGGAAAGAUGUGGUUUACUGUCAGCUGUUCGGAGAGAGCCUUGGUUGACUGGUAUAUCAGGGUUUAUAGGUUUUUGACCAUGAUAUAAG